CAUAGAUUUGUCUGGUGCACUUCCUGUUGAUGUUGAAGUUUUCUCAUUGUGCUGCUUUUACACACAAAAAAAGACAAGUAACAUGCAUAUAUUUAUGUUCUUAAACGACCGAAAAUGAUACUGAGCUCUCGGUAUUGAUAUUUCAUAUUGUUGAUAUUAUGGCGACGGCCCGACCCCCCGGGAUCGAAUUUGACCACCGGUGGACUGAAGGAGCCGAAUGCCUGACAUUGGAUUUUGGUCCUUUCGAGACGGUCCAUAGAUGGAGGCGAAUGCCAGAGUGUGACGAGUUUGUUGGAGCUAGACGAAGUAAACAUACUGUCGUUGCUUACAAGGAAGCUAUCUAUGUGUUCGGGGGUGAUAAUGGGAAGAAUAUGCUAAAUGAUCUGUUACGCUUUGAUGUUAAGGACAAGUCCUGGGGAAGAGCCUUCACCACAGGUUGUCCCCCAGCCCCUCGAUAUCACCACUCUGCUGUAGUACACGAGGGAAGCAUGUUUGUCUUUGGCGGAUACACUGGAGAUAUACAUUCCAACCUAAACCUCACCAACAAAAAUGAUCUGUUUGAAUACCGCUUUGCUACCGGACAGUGGGUGGAGUGGAAGUUUGAGGGUCGGUGCCCCGUGGCCCGUGCUGCUCAUGGUGCUGCCAUCUAUGACUGGAAACUCUGGAUAUUUGCGGGUUAUGAUGGAAAUGCAAGACUUAAUGACAUGUGGACAGUUCCACUGACGGAAAGUGCCAAAAACUGGGAGGAGGUAAAUCAGACAGGUAACAUUCCCCCUACUUGCUGUAAUUUUGCCCUUGCUGUAGCCCGGGACUCCAUGUAUGUGUUCUCUGGACAAAGUGGCGCGAAAAUUACCAACAACCUCUUCCAAUUCAAAUUUGAUGCACAAGAAUGGACUCGAAUCUCAACUGACCAUAUCCUGCGUGGGGCCCCACCCCCUCCUGAGAAACGGUAUGGUCACACAAUGGUAGCUUUUGACCGCCACCUCUACGUGUUCGGAGGAGCUACAGGACAAACUCUCCCUAAUGAAUUACAUUGCUUUGAUUUAGACUCCCAGACUUGGUCGGUGGUUGAUCCUUCCAAUGACAGUCAGGUUCCCGCGGGUCGGCUGUUUCAUGCUGCGUCGGUCAUAUCUGACUCCGUGUAUGUGUUUGGAGGUACAGUGGACAACAAUGUUAGAAGUGGAGAGAUGUAUAGAUUUCAGUUCUCCAGUUAUCCAAAAUGUACGCUACAUGAUGACUAUGGCCGGCUCCUGGAGAGUCAGCAGUUUACAGACAUAGACUUCAUCGUAGGAAAGGAGGAGGAAAUCAUCCCAGCUCACAUCACCUUGGUGGCCGCCCGGUCGUUAUGGUUACAGGGUAAAAUUAGAGUUGCCAGGCAGCAGAAAUUAUUAGAGGAUGAAGAAACUGCGGAGAAGAAAGUGUCCAUACAGGUGAAGCUUUCUGACGCUGACCCGACAGCCUUUAGUAUGGUAUUGUCCUAUAUCUACACCGACAAGAUCAUGCCUACAGGUGACAGACAGGAACACAGCAGUAACGAGGUGAUAUUACUGAUGAUGGAUGUGUACAGACUCUCCCUACAGUUUAAGAUGGGGCGUCUAGAGGAGCUGUGUGUCCAAUACCUGGAGGCAAGCAUUGGCCACAAGAAUGUACUUGUAGCUCUUCAGAAUGCUGCUAAGCUGAGUUUGGAUUUCCUCAAGGAAUACUGCCUCAGGUUCAUCGUCAAGGAGAGUAACUGUAACAUGAUCGUAAUGAGUAAAGAGUUUGAGGAUAUAGACAAACCCCUGAUGGUGGAAAUCAUCCGCCGUAAACUCUCCCAGCAGACCUAUGGCCGCAUGAUGCCUGACCCACAACCAGAACAUGUCUGUGAUCACUCCCUGGAAAAGGACCUAGAAAUGUUCCUGAAGGGGAGCGGAGAGGAGUUCUGUGACAUCACCCUACAACUAGACGGUACACCAAUCAGAGCCCACAAGGCCAUCCUAGCGGCCAGGUGUAGCUACUUUGAGUCACUGUUCAGGUGGAAACCCAACGAUGAUACAAUCACGAUAGCUAUUGGGGAGAUGGUACCAUCCCGCCAGGCGUUCAACAGCUUGCUGCGAUAUAUAUACUACGGAGACGUGAUCAUGCCUCCUGAGGAUUCACUCUAUCUAUUCCCAGCUCCCUACUUCUAUGGAUUCUCCAAUAACCGACUACAGGCUUUCUGUAAACACAACCUUGAGAAAAAUGUUACAGUUCAAAAUGUUGUACAGAUUCUGGAGGCAGCAGACAAGAUCCAGGCUCUAGACAUGAAGAAGCAUGCUUUGAAUCUGAUAGUGCAUCACUUUACCAAGGUGGCGCGUCUGCCCGAGAUCCGUCGACUCAGUAAAGACCUGUUGUUGGAUGUUAUCAAGGCCUUGGCUGAUGAGAAGGGAGACUUGUUAUUGUGUCAAGAUGUAUCGAUAGGCAGCCUAACCGAGUUUUGAUGUUAACUACCUAGAUACAGUGUAUACAGUCUUACCAAGUUUUAACUUAAAUUACUGGUAUAUAUUACAGUCUGACCAAGUUUUGAUGUAAAUUACUGGUAUAUAUUACAGUCUGACCAAGUUUUGAUGUAAAUUACUGGUAUAUAUUACAGUCUCACGAAGUUUUGAUGUAAAUUACUGGUAUAUAUUACAGUCUUAUCAAGUUUUGAUGUAAAGUACUGGCAAAGUUUUGCUUUGAUGUAAAGUACCGAUAGAUACACAAUACAUAGUGGUGUAAUGAUUCAUCGAUGCAUCGUCAAUCUUUGAUUGGUAUCGCGAUACUUGAAAAUGUGUAGUUAUCUCCCUUGACCAUCGUUACCUUACUUUUGUAGUAACAACAUGGCUGACAAGGCCGUUGCAGCGGCUUAUAAAGCUGCCUGUUUGAGUUCUUUCAAUCUCCAAUUUAUCUAAAUUCAAGAAUGCUUUGUGAGAAACAGACAAAACAUAUGUGUUUUGUAACAAAUGUAGACAAAGACUCUAAUAUUCCUGAAAUACCACAAGCAAAACAGAUAUCUGAUAGAUCAUCAGCUUCUCAUAUAUUGUGAUACAAAUUGUAUCGCCACCCACCUUGCGAUACACAGCUCUUAUAAUAUACUUUCCUUCAGUAAACUUAAUGUGGUCGGUACUUUCCUUCAGUAAACUUAAUGUGGUCGGGAGUUAUAGAGGUAACACACUCGCCUUUCACAUUUUUAUAAUAUAAGUAGCUGGGGUUUGAUUCUCUGAUCAGAGCUGGCAAGACGUGGGGUUACCGGCCUGACCAUGUGGGUUUUCUCUGGUUACUCAAUUUCCUCCCACAGUAAGACCCCUUCCAUGCAGCCUGGUUAACAAGAGAGAUUAAUAUAAGUUACUUAACUUGUUUCACAAUUGUUACCAGGAGAUGGCCAAAAUUUCCUCUGUGAUGAUGCUACAUCUACAUUGUAAAAUGUACAUACCUAUUAAUUUCUCAGAUUUAGUUGUGUGCUACACUGUAGAUAAUUCACGGAGCUAAUAUUUUGCGCCUGUCCCGGCCAGUCAGACCUAGUUCAUGAGUAUAAAAUUUCGCACAACUAUCCCUUAUAAACAUUCUGCACUAAACACUUCCUGUGUGUGUAUAAAUAUUCACUGAGUAUUUCUUUUCACAAUAUAUCUAAUGUACCAUAAAUACAUGUGUUGUAAUUUUUGAGGGGCUGUGGUGGCCGAGUGGUUAAGGUGUCCCGACACUUUAUCACUAGCCCUCCACCUCUGGGUUGCGAGUUCGAAACCUACGUGGGGCAGAUGCCAGGUAGUGACUGUAGGCCGGUGGUUUUUCUCUGGGUACUCCGGCUUUCCUCCAACUCCAAACCCUGGCACGUCCUUAUAAAUGACCCUGGCUGUUAAUAGCUCGUUAAACAAAAACAAACCAAAAUGUAAUAUCAAAUCUCCAUUGAAUAUUACCCAAAGUGUAGGUACAUUGUAUCUUUACACAGCAUGACCUCAGUGAAUUGUCAUAUGUAAAACACAUUCAUUAGUGUACAUAUGUGUAUACCACAGAUGAUCCCUGUUUUGUCAGAUGUUGGCUUUUCCUUGCAGCUUUUGUGAAAGUAGAGGUUUUUUGUAUUGGCUAAAUACAGGUGCUGACUUGUAUGUAUAUAUAGGCUUGGUAAAGUAAAUCCUGCAUGUGGGGCCAAGAUAAGAACUAGUCAAAAAUCAUCCUUUUUUGUAUUUUGUGUUUUUUAUCAAAAUUGAUUGAUACUUACCCGGUACAUUAUUGGAUACACAUGUAUAGAUUAUGUUAAUGAUUUAGAAGUGUUGUGUUCAUCAGUUCUGUACUGGGACAGUAAGUCUACACCCUGGGAUCCCACCAAGGGACAGAACUCUCUGUACUGGGACAGUAAGUCUACACCAUGGGAUCCCACCAAGGGACAGAACUAUCUGUACUGGGACAGUAAGUCUACACCAUGGGAUCCCACCAAGGGACAGAACUCUCUGUACUGGGACAGUAAUUCUACACCCUGGGAUCCCACCAAGGGACAGAACUAUCUGUACUGGAACAGUAAGUCUACACUCUGGGAUCCCACCAAGGGACAUAACUCUCUGUACUGGGACAGUAAGUCUCCACUCUGGGAUCCCACCAAGGGACAGAACUCUCUGUACUGGGACAGUAAGUCUACACCCUGGGAUCCCUCCCAGGGACAGAACUCUCUGUACUGGGACGGUAAGUCUACACCCUGGGAUCCCACCAAGGGACAUAACUCUCUGUACUGGGACAGUAAGUCUCCACUCUGGGAUCCCACCAAGGGACAGAACUCUCUGUACUGGGACAGUAAGUCUACACCCUGGGAUCCCUCCCAGGGACAGAACUCUCUGUACUGGGACAGUAAGUCUACACCCUGGGAUCCCACCAAGGGACAGACCUCUCUGUACUGGGACGGUAAGUCUCCACCCUGGGAUCCCACCAUGGGACAGAACUCUCUGUACUGGGACAGUAAGUCUCCACCCUGGGAUCCCACCAAGGGACAGACCUCUCUGUACUGGGACAGUAAGUCUAUUCCCUGGG